CGGUCAGUUUAUUCCGCUACGUUUUGCUUAACUCUGCUGGUAAUUAUAAUCAUGCAUUUGUGAGAAUGUGAUGAAAUAAUUUUACAUAACGUUUUCAUGGAAAAAAUUGCACAUUCACUUAAUUUUUGUUUUUAAUUUUUUGUACAAGGCAGAUGCGUUUUAAAGACCUAUCAAGCGCCUUCACUCCUUGCGGUUGUUGGUUUAUUUUUCCACAAGUUUCGUUAAUCGUGAAUUUGAGAGAGAGCGUUUUUACGGUUUCCUUUAAGUUUGGGCGAUGUCGGAGGAAGGUGAUCAAUUUCCCAAAUGCUCCACUACACAUGGUGGCUCUGAUAGGACUGGCGGGCAUUGUAAUGGCGAUAUAGCAAAUGAAAACACCCAGAGUCAAAUGGCAGUUAGAACUGCGAAUGGACGAGUUAGUGCUGUUUCGAAUAUUGGUGAAAAUCUUGAUAUAAGUGUGAAACAAGAGUGUGAUGUUGGAGAUGCUGAGAAUAUAGAAAACUUCUUAGACAAUCUGAUCAAAAAUGAAGAAGCUAUUCCUAUCAAGCCUGAAAAAAGCGAUAUUGCAAUGGGCCUUUCACCAGCAGAUGGAAUUGAAAACGUUAAUGGAGAGGCUUUGGCAUAUGCUGAUUCGGACAAGCAUGCAACUGUGGAAAAUUUAGCUGAGAUUGUCUGUCCAAAAACAAAUCGAGCGUCUCUUAGGCAAAGAAAGCGUAAAGAAUCGCUUCCUGCGAAGGUUGAACCAAUAACUCCUGUGGCCGUUCUUGUGAAAGAAAAACUCCCUCCUGUAGAGCGACCUAUUAAUUGGUUCGAAGGUGAACUAGUUUGGUCAUUUGUCACCGGACAUCCAUUGUGGCCAUGCAUGGUAAGCAUUGACCCAGAGUUGGGUGUGCAUAGCAAACUUAUGGGCUGUGGAACAUCGUCACAUCGAUCUUAUCAUGUACAAUUUUUCGGAGACUCACCUGAACAUGCAUGGGUGAAUGAUUCCAGAGUUUUCAAGUUUUCUAACAAAGACGAAUAUGAAGAUCUAGUUAAAAGCAUUGCGAAGCGAACGCAAAAACGUCCUCCUAAGGUUGAAAUUUCAAGUAGGUUUCAUGAUAACUGGCAUGCUGCUAUAGAUGAAAUAUCAUUGGCUGUAAUGAUCACAAGCAAACAGAGGCUAGAAAAGUAUACUUUUGAUUAUGUUAAUAAAAUACCACGGAAACCAUUAGAUGGAGGUUCAACUGUUAGAAAAAAAUCUUCUACCAAAGCAGAUACUCCCAAUACAAAGAAAAAAAUUGGUAAUGUGAGCCCUAGUCAAAAAACUAUCACAAAGCUAACUCCAAAGCAAAAAUCUAACAUCAUUACAAGUGAUUCUUUGACCAAGAAAAAAACUGGCAUUCCUAAGAAGACUGCUUCUUCGUCAAUCCAAAAACUUUCCUCAAAUAGUGAUUACUCAAAACUCGUAAUUGGAAAUAAAAAAGUGAAUUCAUCUACUAUGCCACAUGCACAGGGUGAAGAGCAGUCACCUAAAUCAUAUGUUUGCAUGUACUGCCAAGACAUUUAUUUUUCUGUCGCUGACAUGCGUGAUCAUUGCAAAGAAAAACACUCAGACGGAAAAAAAGUGAUUGGUAAAAGGCAGCCUAAAACAGGCGAAAUGCCGAAUAUUUCUCCUAUUGAAUGUUUGCCUAAUAACUCUGUUUCUGAAAAAUUGACAUCGGAUGAACUUGAUGUACCAUGUGACGUUUGCGGUGAGAAGUUUGCAAGCAAAAGGUCAUUGGGGCAGCACAAACGCUUUAUUCACCCGAGCGACUGUUCGGUAGAGGUGAAAGCUAUUUCUGAUCAGACCAAAACAAACAUGCCACAGUCUAUUAUUGCUAUUCCAGUAACUUUAAAUAAGCCAAAGAGUGAAUCACCUGUUCCAGCUGUUCGAUUGCGGUCACGAUCCCUUGCAAUUUCACAAAAUAAAAAAGGGCCUAUUUGUGUUUUAUGUGAAAAAAAUGGGGAUGUUGUUUCUUGUACCUCCUUGUGCCAUAGAUCUUUCCAUGUUCAAUGUUUAGGAGAUUAUGAUGUCAGUGAUCCAUUUGUCUGCAAAGAUUGUGUAAAUAAAACUCAUUUGUGCAUUAUUUGCAAUCAAACCAGCAUUGAUGGUGAUGGCCUGGGUGAUUUGAAGCGCUGUGUGGUAGCCCUGUGUGGUCGUUUCUUUCAUUCAACUUGUUUGCAAAUUUACAAAUUGAAAGGGAUCUCUGAUGUCGGAGAUAAAAAUAUCGUAAGUGGUCCUUCUGCCAGGUGCCCUUCUCAUUCAUGUGCUACUUGCAUAAGCAAAGCAUUAGUGGAUGAUAUGAGAGGUGGAAAUCAAAGCCAAAAAUUGAAAGUUCAAAAUAAAUCAAGGAUGUUCAAGUGUAUUCGAUGCCCAACUUCAUAUCAUGUUGGGGAUGAUUGCCUUGCGGCAGGAUCAGUCCUUCUGGGUGGACUGAGCAUAGUUUGCCCAGAACAUUUCAAGCCUUCAAAAACACUAAAUCACCACCAUCCUGUUCACAUUAGCUGGUGCUUCGUCUGCUCAAAAGGAGGGGAACUCAUUUGCUGUGCAACGUGUCCUGCUGCAUUUCAUGCAGAAUGUAUCGAAUUGGAUAAAACUCCAGAAGGUGAUUGGCAUUGUCUUGAUUGCACCUGUGGUGUCCGUCCACUGUAUGAUGACAUUAUAUGGGUUAAACUGGGAACCUAUAGGUGGUGGCCUGGCCAGGUCACCCAUCCCAAUGACGUACCUGACAACAUUUGUCGCUUACAGCAUGGCGCAGGAGAGUUUGUGGUUCGAUUCUUUGGCUCGAAUGACUAUUUCUGGCUUAGCAAAUGCAGGGUAUUUCUUUAUCAAGAAGGAGAUAAUGGUGCUACAAAUAGACACUGCUCUCGUGGCAUCAGUGGAGUUUUCAAAAAGGCUCUUCAAGAAGCGGAGGAAAGUUUUGCUCAAGUAAUGGCAGCACGACAACUUCAGGAAGAAGUUAAGAUCGCUGUAAACGACAAAAAACCAGCCCCAUACAAACACAUCAAGGUGAACAGGCCUGUGGGCAAUGUACAAAUAUAUUCUGCUCCUUUAAGUCAAAUGGCAAAGUGUGUAUGCAAGCGCAAUGAUAAUCACCCCUGUGGUCAGGAUUCAGAAUGUCUCAAUCGUAUGCUGAUGUAUGAAUGUCAUCCAGCGGUUUGUACAGCAAGUGAGAGAUGUGAAAAUCAAAGGUUCCAGAAAUGUGAAUAUCCUCCAACAGAAAUAUUUAAAACAGAGUGGGGUGGCUGGGGCUUAAAGACGAAAGAGUUCAUCAAAAAGGGCCAAUUCGUUAAUGAGUAUGUGGGUGAGCUUGUGGACGAAGAAGAGUGUCGAAGGCGUAUUGAGCAGUCGCAUAAGGAUAAUGUUACAAACUUCUACAUGUUAACUAUAGACAAGGACCGAAUCAUUGAUGCGGGCCCAAAAGGUAAUUAUUCCAGGUUUAUGAACCACUGCUGUUUGCCAAAUUGCGAAACCCAAAAGUGGAUGGUGAACGGGGAUACAAGAGUUGGACUUUUUGCUCUUCGUGACAUAAUGCCGGGAGAGGAAUUGACAUUCAACUACAACCUUGAUUGCUUGGGUAACGACAAGACCAAGUGUGUGUGUGGAUCUAAAAAUUGCAGUGGAUUUAUUGGUGUUCGACCAAAGGCCCAGAUUGAUGGCAUCAAGCGAGAAAGGAAAAAGAAACGCAGGACACGAAGAUUGGAUAGCAUACCUCAACAUGAUGAUUUCUGCUUUCGUUGCAGGCAAACUGGAACCCUGGUUUGUUGUGAUUUUAAGGGAUGUUUGAGAGCAUUUUGCUUGGAAUGUCUUCAUAUAGAAAAACCUCCUUAUGGAAAAUGGGAAUGCCCUUGUCACCACUGUGACUGGUGUGGAAGGCGUGCUCAGUAUUUCUGCAGCUUUUGUCCAAACUCAUUUUGUGGCUCUCAUGUACAUAAUCAAUUAACUCCUAGUAUUCCCAAUAAAUUUGAUACCUGCAAUGAUCACGACCCUGAGAAAGCAGAAUUUGAAAUGGCCCAAGUUGUGGCAAUGGUCAAUGAUUUGGUUAAUGCACCAAUGGAAGAGGAGACUUCCUCAGAACCAUCACCAGCAGAUAGUCCUUCAAAUCUAAUAGGAAAUCAUAUUGAUGAAUUACCUCUGCUACAAACAGAAUAUCAACCAAUCGCAAGAAAACGGAAAAGGAAGUCCACUGUUGGAAGCAAUGAAAAGAAAAAUAGAACAACUGAUACAGAAUGAGAUAUUAGGUCAGUUUUAUAGGAACAAAUAGGUUGAUUUUACCUAUAUUUUUGUUCUUAAAUAAACAUGGAAUUUGAAGCAAUUUUGCAUUGGCAUGACAUGGUUGGUGAACUCUGAAUGCUGUUACCUAUUUUAUGAUUUCAUUGCAUGGUUAAUAAAGUAACUUGACUAUCCUUAUGGUUGAAUGCGCCAAACAAACUCAAAAUAAGAGAUUUUCAAUGUUCAAAAAAUGACAUACCGGUAGAUAUGUUUGAACUAAGGACAAGUUUUGUGGUCAGAUAUGAUUGAUUCAAUUUCGUGUAAGAAGUUUUAGGCUUUGCUCCUAAUUUAAAAUGAAGGCAUUGUAGGUGAAUUUUGUUUCUGGGGAUCUUGGAAGAUUUAGAAAUCGAUGCCCCAUUGGAAGUUUGUUUAAAUGAAAACAUUGAAGGGCUAUCCCAAAUAAACUAUUCAGAUAAAGAAUGACUGUUAUUCACACUUUUGCAAAUUGAUUUCAAGUCCAGUUUUCUGUAAACGUGUUGACUGUUGAGCCAUAUGGUUAUUGCAUUUGUCUGUGGCAAAUUUUUAGUUAUCGAUUCAAAAUUUUACAAAAUCUAAAGAUUCAUCGUUGUACGCCGAUUACGAGAUUGGUGCUUUUCGAGAGCUUGAUAAAAUCUUAAACCGGAAAAAUAUGAGAUGAUACAAGUAAAAAAAAGUCAUGACUCAUAGUUUGAUUGGUCAUUUCGUGCAAAAAUGUCAAGAUUUAGUAUUUUAAUUGUGUUGUGUAGUUCAUGAUUUACUUAGUGAUGUGUCUAUGAGGGAUAUUCUAGAAAUAUCAAAAUCUUCUAUAUUUGUAUUCUAGUCUUCUUCUGCCUUAAUAAUUUCUGGACUUUGUUCAGUUUAAUCUGUUGGACAUCAGAUUUCUCGUUUGCUUUAUUUUUUUCAUUCCCUAAUUCACAAACAGAAUUUUCCUGUUUUUGCAAUCGCUAUAUUUUGGAACCACUUUAUCACUAGGCAAUUGGGCAUAAGUCUCAUAUAUAUAUAACACAAUAUUUUUUGAUUAGAGUGCUUUUGGGGAAUGAUGGUUGCAUUUUUUGCUUUAAUAAAAACUUAGGUAGCCAGCAUAAUUGAAGGGUAUUUUUACGGUUACUAAUAUAUAUCUUGAUAGAAGCAAUUUUCAUGCAAGGCUCCUGGUCACUGAAAAAAGUUUUGGUUAAAGAUUGCAUUUGUUCGAAUUUCUGAACCAUACCUUAUAGCCAUGAAUAGAGAUUGAAUAUAAACUUCUUUCAAACAAAAUGCAGUCCAUUUAUUGUUUCACAUAAAAUACUACUAUUUCGGUGGUUAUCAGAACGGUUUAAGACAUCGGUUGAAAAGACUUGAUGAAUCAAAUUCUUUUCAAAAUUAUACACCAGCUGUGACAAUUGUCUAGUCAUUUCACAAGUACUUUACUGUCAAGAAUCUAGAAAUCAUACAUUGUACGAUUUUAUGUUUCUGUUUUUAAUAUUGCUUGUGGUACACAUUGCACCAAUUGAAUUGAAAUGCUUGUAUGGGAGUUGGUUGGUAAAUGUGAUUGAAUUCACAAAAGUUUAACUUAAUACUGAAGUGUUUUCUUUUUUUUCAUUUUCAUGAUCGUUUGUUUCCUUGUGUUUAAUAUUUCUACACAAUUACAAUCUGUUCUUGUCAUCAUUGUUCAAAAGGAAUAUUCAUUCUUGUUCAUUAAAAAUGUUCAUUGGAAAAAGCAGAAUUGCAGAUUCAAUUCAUUCAUUCGUUGAAAAAAAAAUAUCGAAGUUUUCACGACUUUACUUUUUGCCAAUAUUGCCAAAUAAUUACAAAUUUUCUGAAAUACUUCAAUUGGUAGAUUUUUACUGUCACAAUCAUUACAGUAUCUGACAAUGUUUCAUAUUUUGCCUUUUCUAUUUGUUAGAAUAAUUGUCACUGAUUAUUUAAUUCAUUGUUGCAUUUCAUGCAAAUUGAUCUUCCCAUUAAAUGUGAAAUUCAUUCUGCUUUUCAUCCUUCCCAGUGAUGAGUUAAUAGCAUGGUUAUUAUGAAUAUCAGUAGAAUAAUAUAGAAGCUGAGAUUGGACUUUAUGAUCAAUCAACAAAGAAGAGUUUGUAUUCUCCGAAAAUGUAACAGCUUUGAAUUUUUUCUUGCAAAAUUUGGAUUAUAUGUGGCACACAGUCUCAUGCUUCUAACUAUGUCUGAGUUAUUAUUGGAUUUGUUACAUUUCCCAUAAUCACCCAAAUUGGUUUUAUCAGUAUAACUUGUAAUAAAAUAUACUAGUGUUAUUUA